AUGACACUGAAUCACUUUGAAGAAGCUGUUCCACCAGUUCCUUACGCUUGGCCUGUCCUUAGCACAGGCAGCAGCACACGAGCAAAGUUAGCAGAGGAGUCUCCUGAGCAGCACCCUCGGCUUCCCUACCCGCAGACCUGGGACCAUCCCUACAGCCUCGCGCUGCCAGCGCUCCAAAACCGCGACACACAGAAGAGGAAGGACAGCUUGUUUUCGCUGAUUUCGGGUUUUUAUAGGAGAACGUGCAAGUCAUUUCACGCGGAAAUAAAGCAGAAUAGAACGGGCAGGGAGGGGGUGCCCGGGCAGGAGCCCCGGUUUGCGCCGCGGGCCUGGGCGGCGGCGGCGGCACCGCGCAGGUACCGCCGCGAUGGUGCCACCGCCGCUGCCCGGAGCCCGCCCGGACGCCCGCACCCCUCAGCCCCUCGGGCGGCCGCGAAGAUGGCGGAGGGUCCGCGCCCCGCUGCCCCCGCACUCACCUGUCAGCCACAGCCGCGGCGGCGGGCGGGGAGGGGCAGGGCCGCAGGCGGCGCGGAGAAGGAGGAGGGGAAGGAUGAGGACAACGAGGAGGAGAAGGCGGGAGGGGCAGCAGCGGAGGCAGCAGCAGCAGCGGCGAUGAUCGCGGCGCCGCUCGGGCAGGACGCGCCUCCCCGGUGCCGAGCCCUCGCGGCGACAUCCGGCGGAAGCGGCGCGGCCCCCGCUCCGAGCCGCGAUGGCGACGGGCUGGCAACGGGACAGCCUCCCGCCCGGCACGGCCCGCGGGCUCGGAACGCCCCGGCCGCAGGGAGAGCCUCCCGCCCGGCACGGCCCGCGGGCUCGGAACGCCCCGGUCACAGGGAGAGCCUCCCGCCCGGCACGGCCCGCGGGCUCGGAACGCCCCGGGCACAGGGAGAGCCCCGCGGGCUCGGGAGUGCCGCCGGGCCGGGCGGGAGCUGCCCCGCCACCACCGCCCCGCUCGGCCCCGCUGCUCCCCGGGUCACCGCCGUGCCGGAGGUUAAACAGCGCGGUGUGUUCCGUGCCGAGCGGGCCCCUCGGGAAGGGCUGGGAGAUACCGAUUGUGGAGUUUUUGUCUGCAGACGGAGUGACGGAGGCAGCGCAUCAAAGCUAACCACGACGUUCUGCAACAGAUUAUCUUAACUGCCUUAGAAGAGGUCUGUAAAAAGGCCAGAAGAACAUGUGCCAGUGAGAGCUGGAAAUAUUACAUUUUCUUUUAAUGUGCUUCCCAACUACAAAUGUGCCUGCAGUUCUCAUUUGUCUUUUUUUUCUUUCUACUCGCUUCUGUGCAGUCAUGUCUUAAAGCUGUAUUAAACAGCAACAAAAA